UCAUUUCCUUAAAGAAAAUAACAGUGAUCGUCGGAGGUGGCGGGUGACGCGGUAGACCAAGCACAAGGAAAGAGCAGCAGCCAAGACGAACAAAGCUUCGCUAACAUUUCUUUCUCGUUCUGCUUUUCCCCAGAUUCCCAUCUCAACGACGAGACUCAUUAUUCUUCUUAUUCCACUUUCUCCUUAUAUUUCGCUUUAUUGAUUUCGUCUCUGAAUUUCAUUUCAUCUCCGUCUCGCCGGUCCAAUCCUGUGGGUUUUCUCCGGUUAAGCCAUGGUUGCCGAUUCGAAAGGUAAAUCGGACAUCUCAUUCGCUGGCACGUUCGCCAGUAGUGCUUUCGCUGCUUGUUUCGCUGAGGUAUGCACCAUUCCUCUAGACACUGCCAAGGUUAGGCUUCAGCUACAAAAGAAAGCUGUUGCCGGUGAUGCUUUACCAAAGUAUAGGGGCAUGCUGGGCACUGUUGCAACCAUAGCCAGAGAAGAAGGUCUGGCAUCCUUGUGGAAAGGCAUUGUUCCCGGAUUGCAUCGUCAAUGUGUGUAUGGAGGCUUAAGGAUCGGGUUGUAUGAGCCUGUUAAGACCUUUUAUGUUGGCAGUGACUUUGUUGGUGAUGUUCCUUUAUCUAAGAAGAUUCUUGCUGCACUGACAACCGGGGCUCUAGGAAUCACAAUAGCAAAUCCAACUGAUCUUGUAAAAGUUAGACUUCAAGCGGAAGGAAAAUUACCUCCCGGUGUACCUAGGCGCUAUUCCGGGGCAUUGAGUGCUUAUUCUACCAUAGUGAGACAGGAAGGAGUUGGCGCUCUAUGGACCGGCAUCGGUCCAAAUAUUGCAAGAAAUGCUAUUAUCAAUGCCGCAGAACUAGCCAGCUAUGAUCAAGUGAAACAGACAAUUUUGAAAAUUCCAGGUUUCACAGAUAAUGUUAUUACUCAUCUUUUUGCUGGUCUUGGAGCCGGGUUUUUCGCUGUAUGUAUUGGCUCCCCGGUCGACGUGGUGAAGUCAAGAAUGAUGGGGGAUUCAACUUACAAAAACACACUUGAUUGUUUCAUCAAGACUUUAAGAAAUGAUGGACCUCUGGCGUUUUACAAGGGAUUUAUCCCGAAUUUCGGUCGGCUAGGAUCAUGGAACGUGAUCAUGUUCCUCACUCUUGAACAGGCCAAGAAGUUCGUGAGAAAGAUAGAAUCUUCAUCUUGAGCGUUGUGGAAGAAGAUAGCUCCCUUUUCAGACAUCGCUUAGAGAAUAAAAACCCCAUCCCACAUGAAGAAUAUUACUUUAUUCGCUGCUUCCGGUGAUGAUAUCAAAUCUUGCUCCUGCCAUGGGAGAGAAUAACUUGUCAUUCAUUUUCUGUACUGACAAUAAAUUUGUCAUUCUGCUACACUAUGAUCAUGUUCUACUCCAUUUGAAACAUCUAUUAAAUGAAAUAUUAGAAUUCCCAGAGAUACAUAGCUCGAAUUUGUGUAAUAUGUGUUUGAAUUGUGGAACGAACAAAUGUAAAACUUUAUGGGUUGGUUUGUGAUCAACUGAGAUCGUGUGUAUAUAA